AUGGUAUUAGCCCACAGGGCUUUGAGGGACAAGCUGUUCCAGGAUACAGUCAUGUCUAACACCGAUGCGGUCACGAUCUUCGAUGCCGGAGCUGGUCAAUCCCAGGGAGGUAGGAAUUUCCAGGAAGAUCGAUGCACAGUGAUUCUUCCAGACCAAUUUCCCUCUAAAUCGAAAGACAAAAUUGCAUUCUUUGCAGUCUAUGACGGACAUGGGUCGGGGUUAGUUUCAGAACAUUUGAAUCAAGAUCUGCACCACCUACUUGCACAACGUCCCGAGUUCGAACGAGAUGAUUGGGUCGGGGCCAUCAAGGCGGCACUGGCAGACGAAGACCAUAUCCUUUUGGAUCGAUUCAAACAAGAGACCUUCGAGCCAGCGAUUUCUGGAUCAACGGUAGCGAUGUGUUGCAUCAAUCUCACGAAGGGCGAGUUGUUCGUAUCCAAUCUGGGCGACUCGCAUGUUAUUCUGGCCGAGCGCGAUUUGAGAACCGAACACCCGUAUCACAUUCGACGUCUCACAGAGGCUCACAAGCCGGAGAUCCCUAGCGAAAAGGCUCGAAUAGAAGAGGCAGGCGGGGCAGUUGUCAAUCGCAGCGGGACACAUCGUCUAGGAUCCCUAAAUAUGUCUCGAGCAUUGGGUGACCUGCAGUACAAAAACCCGGUAAAUACCUUCACGGACAACACUGCAGCAGAUACAUCUGCAGGAUCGGGACCUCGGGGGAACUUCCUAUCCAAUGAUCCAUAUACUUCGCAACGGUCAUUGCACACAGACCGCCGAUACUUACUUGUGGUAGUAUCGGACGGAGUGACCGAUCGAGUGGAUGAUGACAGCCUGGUCAAACACGUGAUGAAAUUAUCGAUGCGGGGAAAAAGGACCAGUGAAAUUGCGCAAGAAAUCGCCACUGAUAGUGCUAGUCGGCCUCAUAGUGAUAAUGCUUCAUGUAUUGUAGUAAUGUUGGAUGGUCAAGGAUCUUAA